GUCUUCUGCUUCUUCCAGGUCACACCAAGGCCGGCCUGGCUGAGGGCUUGUUCGGUUGCCGACCUUGCGGCCUGAAGCGGAGCAAGCGAGCGAGUCACGGUCCAUCCGCUGGGCAGACAUGGUGUCCUACUGGAGGCAGGCCGGGCUCAGCUACAUCCGCUAUUCCCAAAUCUGCGCCCAGGCCGUGAGAGCAGCGCUGAAACCGCAGUUUAAAGCGGAGGCAGAGAAAACGGCGGGAGCGAACGUGAAAAUAGUCAGAAUAAAAAAGGAAUGAUGUGCAAGACUUGAUUUAUAACAGGCAAAAUGAAGACUCAUGAGUGUGCUUGUACGCAACAUAACUGCUUCCUGCUCUGUGAAAGCUCACAGUAUAUGUGUAAAAUCACUAUGCCAAUAAACAGAAUGUGUUGAA